CUUCCUACUCUCCACCUUCCUACUCUCCACCUGGUGGAUAUGGAGGUCCGAGUCUUUCUGCCUCAUCGUCACCUUCAAGUGAAGACACAUACGGAGGAGCAUAUUCGCCAUCGUCGUCCUACUCUUCACCUGGUGGAUACGGAGCUCCUACUCCUUAUGCGUUCUCCCGAGAGACGCAAGCACAUAUGGAGUAUCGAACUCAGCUCCAUCCUCCUACUUUCCCACGGCAGCCGCUGGUUUUGGAGGACCCAGUCCCGCCGGUUCUAUGAACUCACCACCAAGUGCCGGUGGAGGAUGUCCAUCUCCCACGUCCUUCUACAGUCGUCCUGCCGCUGGCGGAUAUGGAGCCCCGAGUCCUGCUGGAACGGAGCCAUACGGAGGAGGAUCCAUGCCGCCACCUUCCUACUCUCCUCCCACAACUUCAGAUUCGAACUCGCCACCAGGUGCGGGGAAUUACGGAGAGGGAUCCAGAGUGCAUUACGUCGGCGUCUCUCUGAGCGCUGCAAUCGGGGCAGCCGCAGCCACGAACGCGGGCGUCGCCAGUCUCAUUAAAACUCUGCCUCUGAUAGCUCCCACCUUCUAUCAGGGGAAGACUACUUCAGAGUUCCUGCAAGCCUGGGAUCCUAUUCUAUUUCCCUCGGCCUUAGGCACGAGCGACGAAUGGCACGACCGCAGGCUCGGUGCGUUCAACUUUCCGAGGGAGUUUCAUCUAGAUGCCAUUCCAUUGACCGGCCCGGCUUCUCGUCUGCGUUCGCCAUCUCGGGUGACGGACCAUCCCUUCUUCGUUUGGUGUUUACAAUUGAUUUAGAAAAAUGGGCUCGUGGGAUGUUUCGGUUUAUCGAUAUCCUUCUGUCGAUCGAUUCGUUUGUGGAAUCGGAUUGGAAGGAAGGAAGGCAGGCAGGGCUAGAUCGAGAUAUCAC